GGUUUAGAAAAAAAAAAAAAUGAAAAACAAGGACACAGUUACCGUUUCGCCUCUGUUGGGCAAGUGCGAAGUGUAUCGGUUAACCCAGCGAAGUUGCCAAAUUCGACACUUGACGCUGUGCCAGACAGACAUUUGCCUAUGAUAAAUUCUUCCCUACUUCAGCUCUCCAAUGCAUCUUGCCUUUUGGCUGCUGGUGUUGUCCACGCGCUGCCCUCAGCUUCUGCUUGAGUUCAUCGGUGAAGUCUCUGAUCAGAUGGUUGUAGUUGGAUAUGCAGCAGAAGGAUUUUAUGGAAGAAAUUGAUUUGGAUGGUUGUUUUUACGUUUGCAACAAAACACCUGAGAGAUUCAUGAGAAGAAGUUUCACGGUUCUGUACCUAAAUCAUGUUCAUUUGAUUGAUAAUUUCCGUUGCAGGGAUAGAGAUACGGUUCAGUUUUCUUUCUUUGUAGUGCUACAUCCACCAACUUAUUUGCAGGUUCUUCUUUUUGAAAUGGGUAAACUUAAAAAAGUUCUGGAUGGAGAGAGUUCAUCAAAUCCUGAUAUCAAUGAAACCAUAGUGCCAAAGCCUGAGAUGUCGGAUUUUGAGUUGCACUCUGAUGCGAUAUACUCGAGGCAACUCGGGGACAAUGUUGCAAGUUCAUCUGGAAGCAAUUUAAGAUCAUUUCUUACUGGGAUGGGAUUCUCACCUUCGCAUGUUGACAAAGUAAUUGAAGAAAAUGGUGAAGACAAUGUUGAUUUGUUAUUGGAGAUUCUCAUGGAAUGCUCUGGUCCUCAAAAGUCAAACUCUCAGUCAUCGGAUUCUCUGGAUCGCUUGUUCGAUGACAAGGAUCCGACUAAUCUUCUAGAAUACUCCACAUUUGUUCAACCAAAGGAGGAGCCAGAUAUUUUUGGAGUUGAUGAUGACAAAAGGGCAUCCUUACUAAGGAUGAAUUUCUCAGUAAAGGAAGUUGAUUUUGCAAUGGAAAAGCUUGGUGUGGAUGCUCCAGUUGACGAAAUGGUAGACUUCAUUAUUGCUGCCCAGGUAGCUGCAGAUUGUAAUAAGGAAAUAGAUGACAAGAUGGAUGAUGGUGCAGAGGUAGAUGAGGAUAUCAGUAACGAAACUUUAUUUGGGACUAUGGAGAAAACACUUCGUUUGCUUGAAAUGGGUUUCUCUGAGAAUGAGAUUUCAUUAGCAAUUGAGAGGUUUGGUUCAGAAGUUCCGGUCUUAGAGCUAGCAAACUCAAUUUGUGCAGAACAAGUUGGUGAGAAGUACAUUAUAAGAGAUAAGCAUUCCUCAAAACGCUCUGGAAUGAAUCGUUCACGCAUCAAUAGUGACGCUGAAAGCUUUAGUGUGGGCAUGGAGGGUAAUAAACUAAAAAGUGAGGAUUUUGGCCAAGCUGCUGUCUCUCGGUCAAACAAUCUAAAUAUGGAGGAAGUUCAUAGGGGAAAAAGGCCAAAACAAGAGCACAUAGUGGACUAUCCUGAUACUCAGUUUGGCAAUAUUGGCUUUUCAGACGAUCAUCUAAAACCAGAAUAUACUGAUGACUUGAGCUCCUAUUUUGAACCUACAUGGGUGGAAGAGAAAGUUGAUGAAGAAAUUGCUGGAUUCAAAUUUCCCAAAGCACUUAAAUCAAAUUCAUGCAGGAGUGUCGAUCGGAUGGUAGCUAAACCUCCAUAUUUUUUCUAUGGAAAUGUUGCAACUGUAUCUUUAAUUACAUGGGGCAAAAUAUCUCAGUUCUUAUAUGCCAUUGAGCCUGAAUUUGUAAACACUCGGUUAUUUUCAGCAUUGAAUAGGAAAGAAGGUUACGUGCACAAUCUUCCUACCCAAAGUAGGUUUUGUAUCCUUCCAAAGCCACCAAUGUCAAUAGAAGAUGCAAUGCCACAUACGAAGGAAUGGUGGCCAUCAUGGGAUACGAGGAAGCAAUUGAGCUGUAUCAAUUUUGAAACUGGUGGAGUAUCUCAGCUCUGUGAUAGGCUUGGAAGGAUGCUUACUGAUUCUGUAGGUUUGCUUCCAUCUGAAAGGAAAAGAGACAUCCUUCUUCAUUGCCAAAAAUUAAAUCUUAUAUGGGUAGGUCCGCACAAACUGAGCCCUAUAGAGCCAGAAUAUUUGGAAAUAAUAUUAGGUUACCCAUUGAAUCACACUCAAGCUACUGAGAGCAGCUUAACUGAAAGGCUUCAUUCACUCAAAUACAGCUUCCAGAUAGACACAUUGGCGCAUCAUCUCUCUGUUUUGAAAUCUAUGUUCCCAGAUGGAAUAACAAUGUUGUCAAUCUUCAGUGGAAUAGGAGGGGCAGAAGUUGCCUUAGACCGGCUUGGAGUACGAAUGAAGGGAGUUGUCUCAGUGGAAACUAGUGAAAUGAAGCGUAGAAUUCUAAGAAGGUGGUGGCAAAUUAGCGGACAAACUGGAGAAUUAGAGCAGAUAGAAAACAUCCAAAAGCUAACCAGUGGCAGGAUUGAUAAACUGCUUGAGAAAUAUGGUGGUUUUGACUUCAUCAUCUGUCAGAGUCCAUGCACGCACUGUGCAAGAAGUCCUAAACUGGAUGAUGCACCAUCGGAUUUUGACUUCUCAUUAUUUUGCGAGUUUGUUCGUGUUUUGCAGCUUGUAAGGAGAACAAUGGGAAGAAGGAGGUAAUCAAUUUUCGUUUGUUUAUUUCCAGUGUGCUUAAUGUUAACCAUCUUUUUGAAAAUUGGAUAAGUUAUCAAGUUGGAGUCUUUUGCGCAGUUCAUCUUCGUAACCGUUAGAUAACUGUGAAACUGAUUCCAAAACUCAGAUGUAUGGGCCCUUCCUUUUUCAUAGGUAAAGAGGAUUGUUGAAUUUGGGACUAAA